CCCGACCCAAACCCACCCGAAAACUAGAAAUUUUUGUAACCCGAAAUCCGAAUGACCCAAACCCGAUAACCCGUGAUUUUUUGGGUCGGCUUGGGUGGGUUAGCGGGUCGACCCAUUAGACCCGUUCCAUUUAAUAUAUUACUCCCAAAAUAUGAUAAAAUCACUCAUAAAUUGGUGAGAUGUUUAAAAAAAAUCACAAGGAUUUGAAUGACAUGUUUGGAGUUUAAGGAAAAUCAAAUAUCAUGUGUUUCUUGUAGUAGUAGUAUUACUCUUGUGAUUGUUUUUUUGACGAUUUACGAAAUUUUUUUCAUUUCAUUAGCGUGGGAGGAUUUUUAGAAUAUGUUAAUUGACAUGUAUUAGGUAAACUAUUGUCGCGCAUAUGUGAAAAAUUGUGUUCUUUAAGAAAGUAUGAAGGAUGUUUGAUAUUGUUUAUGAGAACGCUCAUAACCCGAAAUGACCUGUAACCCGACCCGAAACCAAAUGGGUUAGGUCAAUAUUUAAACAAAAAUAAACCAACCAAACAUGACCCGAUCCGUAAACGAAGUUCCCAACCUGAAAUUAUCCAACCCCACCGGAUUGCCCGUUCUACUAAUAUAGGUGGGUUCGUGGGGAGGGGGGGCUAUUUAGUAUUUACUAUCGAGCUAGUUAUGGAUCUACAAAAAGGAUUGUGGGAUGUGCAUAGGGGCGGACCCAGUGGGCUUUAGGGUGUCCCGGGACACCCCGAAAUUUUGGGGAAACGAUUAUUCAACCCACGGUGGUAAUUUAUAUAUGGUCAAAAAAUUUAUAAUUGAUAAUGAGGGAUACCCCUGAAAUUGAAAAAAUGAUUAUUCUACUGUUAUUUUUUAAAUUUGUGUAUGCGAAUAUAAGUGGUAGGUUGGGUAAUUCAAACCUAGAACACUAUUAUUAUUAAUAAACUUAAUUUUUAUUAAACUACAACUCAUUUGUUGUUCGAUUUUGAACACUGUGUAAUAGUAAAAUGUCAUUUCAUAUCUCUAAUUAUUUUCAAACCUAACAAGUAAACUAAUUUCAAGCUACCCUUAAUUUUUACUGAUUUUAUGGUUGUAAGGUAAGUAUUGAAAGCGUCUUUCAACUUUGGGUUACAUCAAGAGCAAGUUUACAAAUUGAAUAUGCUAUAAAUUCGUGAAUGAUUGUCUAGUAGGAUAUUUAGAGACAAUGUUUUUUAACACUGUAGACUUCAAGUGUAUUCUACAAUUAUUUUCGAAUAUGAAAACACAUCAUGGACUUUUUUAACCUGUAUGAGUAAUGUAUUUUCUUAUUUAUAAUUUUAUUUUUAUUUAUUUUUUAUAAUGGGACACCCCUAUAAAAAAUUUUUGAGUCCGCCACUAAAUGUGCAUGAGUACUUAUCUUUCUUCUUUAUCGGUCACAUCUCCUCACCCAUGCAGCGGCGCUACCUGCUAUAAUAUAGAUGAAAUGAAGUGGAUAUUACGUUAUAAAUAAACGUUUUUUAUCAAUUUUGUUACGGGUCCUAGUCGUUGUCGUGGAUCCGGCCGGCCGGACCAUGAAGAAGAGUUAGUCUGCUGAUAUGCUUUCGUUCGUUGCCAUGUGUCGACCGGAUCUUGAAUUCGUCGAAGCCAAAGAAUGAAGAAUCGGUUUCUCAAAGCCUGCAAAUUUGUAAACUCUGUCCCCACCCACAACCAGUAUAAAGGUAACAACACCUAACUCCAUGGAUCCAUAGUUUAUCUCUCUGAAACUCACCCAAGAAAAAAGAAGAAAGAAAGAAAGACUAGUUGCGACUACACGACAUGGCCGAGGAAAACCAUCAGACGCCACCGGAAGAAGCGCAACCGACGCAACCUCUGCCGAGGCCGUACGGGGUGCCUAGUCUCAACAACAAUACUGAGAAAUUGGAGUGGCCGGAAUUAGUCGGCCUGACGGCGGAGGAAGCCGAAUCCAAGAUCAAACAAGAGACGACCGGGGUUCAAGUCCAUGUGGUCCCUCCUAAUAGCUUCGUUACCAUGGAACUCCGUCAGGACAGGGUUCGAUUGUAUGUCGACGCCGACGGCAAAGUCGCCAGAGCCCCCAAAAUUGGCUGAUCUAUCCAAUUUGAAUUUCCCCUCCAUCUAUCAAUAUCUCUGUAUUUUCCGCUUCUACUUCUUCCUUCAAGUAUUACUCCUUUCUUUCCAAAUUCUGGUCAGUAGUGACUUCGAUUUGGUUUCCUGUUUGUUGUCUGAAUCAAUGAUCGAUGUGUAUUAAUUAAGAGUUUGAAUGAUU